AUGUUUCCUACACAACAAAGCAAUGAGCUGGUCUUUCCCGACCCUUCGAUUUUCGAAGAUGAUAAAGUCCUCGAAGAGCUGCUUGCAGAUCAUGUUUUGUUGAGCGAAAGUGGCGCUAAUAGUACUAAUAGUGAUACAAGAAAGAGGCAAAGAAAAUCAUCUGCAAGUGUUCAAGAAAACAAGGAUGUGAAUGGCAGUGAAAUCAAGAAUAAGAAAGUUGUGCAUAGAGAGGUCGAAAAGCAGAGAAGGCAAGAAAUGAAAAAACUUUGUGCUUCACUUCGAUCCCUUCUUCCUCUCGAAUUCAUCAAGGGAAAACGCUCAAUAUCCGAUCACAUGCACGAGGCUGCGAAUUACAUAAAGCACGUGCAAACUAACAUCGAAGAACUUAGUUCGCGAAGGGACAAGCUAAAGAACUCAUCUAAGAGCACCAUUGAUUCUAAGAAUGGAAGCUCGAGUGUUGUUUCGACUCAUGGUAUAGUGGUGAACCCUUUCAGGGAUGGUAUGGAGAUUCUAAUCUGCAGUAGCCUUAAACCAGAAGGGUUCCAUCUCUCGAGGGUGCUUCAAGAAUUGCUUGAGAUGGGACUAAAUGUCAUUAGCUGUGAAUCUACAAAAGCAAAUGAGAAGUCAAUAUAUAGAAUCCAGAUUGAGGCUGGUGAUCUAACGGCUGGCAUUGAUCUAUCCGUUCUUCAAGAGAGGCUUGCUAAUGUGAUUAACUUGGUUUGA